UCUUCCCACAUCGCUUCCAGCAUCAAAGGCUCAAAUGGGCCUCAUCGACUGAGGCUCAGAACGUUGGGGAAACCCGGGUGACUCAUGCUCUCAUUACAGUUGCUGCUAAGUGAUAAUUUCCAGCUGGGGUCUCCCAGGACAUCAGUCCACUGCAGGACACACUCACACCAUCAUACACUAUGGGCAAUAAAGGAACUCCAGUAAGCCUUAGACCCAAUCCAGCCCUCGGGGACCCACAGACAGUCUAUGUUUUUGCUCCCUUUUGGGAGCAGGGAGGGAGCAAAAACCUGGACCGACUGCGGGACUCAGAGGACCGGAUUGGGAAACAUCGCUUUAUACUGUGGGAGGGAACACACACAACGCAGGGAGAACAUGCAACCACUAUGGGAUUCAGAUCUCCAGCUCUGAAAGUGUGACGCAAUGCUGCUAAUCACCGGGCCACCAUGCCAUCUGUAUUCAUUUCCAUUUAAUUACUGUAUUUAAAAUAGGGGGGACGGAAGCACUAAAACGUACUAAAGCACGAUGACAUAUAUAAUGAAAUACUGCCCUCUGCAGUAAAAUACGAGUAGAGCAUAUUGAUGGUUCUUCACGUGUGCCCUUUCCUCAUUGUCUGUGUUCGUUUGAUUAUGUCUGAAAUACAGCAAUAACGCGACGGAACGUGCGUUCUGGAGGCAGCGCCCAAAUGUAGCAAACUUGAUUAGUAAUUACAGUGUAACGCUUAUAUUUGAAAAGUUUGAUAAUCGACAGGAACCAUUGGUUUAUUUGCGCAUUUCAUGUUUCUAAGAACAUGGUGUACUAUUUGUUCAAUUCCUUUCAUUGCUCCGAUACAUUUAUGCAUAAACAUAAGUGUGUUUUAAGAUCGGUCCGCAGAAUAGGAUAAUCGCUGGGUUAAAUUUUCUUUACUUAAUUUGCAGCUGUACUGUUUCCUUGAAUUAUUAUUAUAAGGCCUGGUGAAAUCCCUACUAAAAAACGUAUAAAUUUAAAGACCAAGCAUUGACACCUAACGUAUCUACAUUAAAUAAAUGUAUCUUGCACGCCGUCACAAACGAAUAAAUGACUAUUGCGCUAAAAUACUUUCAUAUAUUCAUCUUUAUCCCAGUUCAGCCGAUCAUUGGUCUUAUGUCUAUAAUAAGGUUGGAAAAGAAGGUUAACAGUCCACACGGCGACACGCCCAAAAAGAACUAACCAAUCAGUGGUGGGGAUAGUCUGGACACGCUCGAAGUUUACCCAAUGAGAGAAGCGAAAUGGCUGACCUUUGUAAUCCAGUAAUACAGAAAAACAAACCGCGAUGCUCACCUGACUCAGUGAUUAUUUGAUUUAGCUGCAUUUACUAGGCAAACUGGUUACGUUUCACUAAGAAGUUGCCCCUAGCUGCUGUGUGCCUGAUGCAGCGCCACCUCCUGGGCAAGUGCUGCGCCGUGCUGUGGCUCUGCCAAGCGACGUUGGCGCAGGCGGCAGAGCGCACCUAUGUCGCGGCGGUGUACGAGCACAGCGUGGUGCUGAACCCGCGGCCCCGGGAGCCCCUAGGACGCCGCGCGGCGCUGGAGCACAUGCGACAGAACCUGGACAUGCUGGAGAAGCAGGCCGCCGCAGCCGCCCGACAGGGAGCCCAGAUCAUCGUCUUUCCAGAGGACGCCAUCCAUGGGUUUAACUACACCAGAGAGUCCAUCUCCGGGUACCUGGAGACGGUGCCGGAUCCCGCCGCAGUCAGCUGGAGCCCCUGUUCUGAGCCAGACCGCUUCCCCGACACCGAGGUUUUGCAUCGCCUCAGCUGCAUGGCGCUAAAGAACGCACUCUACCUUGUGGCCAACAUGCCGGACCGGCAGGACUGCGACUGCCGGCUCGAUCCCCGCUGCCCCCCCGAUGGCCGGUACCAGUUCAACACCGACGUCGUCUUCAGCGCCAACGGCACCAUCGUGGCCAGGUACCACAAACAGAACCUGUAUUUCGAGGCCGCGUUCGACGUGCCGCCCCACUGUGAGCACGUCACGUUCGACACGCCCUUCGCCGGCAAGUUCGGUGUCUUCACCUGCUUUGACAUCUUAUUCUACGAACCUGCCGUGUCCCUUGUUGAGAAGUGGGGGGUGCGGCAGCUAGUGUACCCCACCGCCUGGAUGAACCAGCUCCCCCUGCUGGCUGCCGUGCAGUUCCAACGCGCCUUCUCCUUUGCCGCUGGAGUGACCUUGCUGGCGGCCAACGUGCGGGCAGGGGGUCUGGGCAUGACAGGGAGCGGCAUUUUCACCCCCUGGCACACGGUAUACCAGCACAACACCGAGAACGAAGAGGGUCAGCUGCUGCUGGCCACCAUUCCCAUACUGGACACCGAGACCAGCAGAACCAGCCAGGAAUGGGCAAGGGAGCCCUUCUCCGGAAACUCGCACUUAGAGCCCCAGUUCUGCGGGGGAACCCAGGUGUGUGAGCAGGACCCCUUCCCCAUUACACCUACCUCUGCCAACUGCAGCAGCACUUUCCACUCAGUUAUGAUGUAUGACAACUUCACUCUGGUACCCUUAGAAGGUUCAGAGGGGAACCUGACUGCGUGUGACGGGCUGCUCUGCUGCCACCUACUGUUCAGGAGGUCAGCUGCACCCGGAGAGCUCUACGCCCUGGGCGCAUUCAGAGGCUUGCACAUCAUCCAUGGCACCUACGCUCUGGAGGUGUGUGCGCUGGUUAGGUGCCCGGGCCCCACCUUCACCAGCUGUGGGGGCGAGAUCGACCACGCCAAUACACGUAUGGACUUCCGUCUCUGGGGCAACUUCACCACCAGAUACGUGUUCCCCAGCGUGCUGGGCAGUGGCAUGCAGCUGGAGAGACCAGACCGGCACGGGCCGGAGGGAGCCGGGUUCUUCAUGAGCAAGGCCGGGAUGGCCAGAGGCCUGGUGACGGCCUGCCUGUAUGGCAGAGUCUACCACAAGGAUAGGGAGGCCUAACGUGUGCACGACUGCUCAGUGGCGUUACUGGGAUGCCAGCCUGGUGGGCAUGUGGGUAUGCUGGGUGGGCAUAUGAUCCGUUUGGCCACGACACAUGUCCCUGUGACUGCUGUCUGUAACACCCUGUAAUGCACAUUAAAAAUAACAGCAAAAUUAAACACACAUUCACUAUGUAACAGUCUGAAAUUA